GUCCUGCUGCAGCGGGAUAAGUGCGUUUGCAGAUGCUGCCAUUCGAGAAAAAGGCCCUCUUCACCCAGGUCACCUCGCUGUGCUUCCUGACUCCCCGGCUGGUGCUGGCAGGAGUCGGACCGGUGCUCAAGAUCUUUGACAUCGACAGCAAUGCGACGCUGCGCUGCCAAACCGUGCUCAAGGCCGCAAGAAUCCACGGAAUUGUCCUUCAUCCCGACAAUUCCUGGUGCCCCGAUGCUGACUCUGGGGCCGCCCGAGUGAUCGUCUAUGGAGCCAAGCAAGCACAGAUCAUCCGUCUCACGAUUGCCGGAGGCGUCUGCACCGCCAUGGAGAUUGUCUCGACCUUCGACGAGUUCCGGGACUGGAUCAAGGAUGUUCAGUGGAUCACAACCGACAGCACACAUUCUCCCUCCGAGGCCACCGUAGCAAUCGCCUUUGCCCACACCUUUGUGGAGAUUUGGAACUUUAGGACCAGGAGUCUCAUCUACACUGUCCAGUGCGAAGAGCGGUGCAUUCUGUAUGCGGCAAAGUUCUUUGGCAAUCAGUGGGGCCAGGUGCUUCUUGCGUACGGCACUGUAUUCAAUCAAGUUCUCCUCUGGAACAUCUUUGACAAGAAGGAUGACGGCGAUGGCAGAGUUGGCAAGAGUCUCGUUGGUCAUGAGGGCGUCAUAUUUGUGGUGCGCUUCAACAAGGAUGGCACGCUGGUAGCAUCUGGGUCCGAUGAUCGAACCAUUCGGGUGUGGCAGACGGAUUUUGGCACCAACACCCCAGCAACUGUGCUAUACGGCCACCAUUCCAGAAUAUGGGACUGCCGCAUUCUCGGCACCAAUCGGGUUGUCAGUGUUGCCGAGGAUGCAACAUGCCGGGUCUGGGACUUGAAGACGCAGGAGUGUCUCUGCUGCUGGGAAGGCCACGAAGGCAAAAACAUAUGGAGCAUGGAUGUCAGCCCCGACAGCGCCACGGUCGUAACGGGCGGUGGUGACUGUGGUAUUCGUCUAUGGGAUCUUGAAGGGCUGGACAUGCACCUGAAAGGAAACGAGGGCGAUCUUGUGACAACAGAACUUCCGCUGAAUCUGCCCGGAAUCGACGAGGGCUCGGCGACGACAGCGCUCCCUGUCGCGGAUAUCAUCAAGCACUUUUCGAUUGUGUCUCCAUCCCUGCUUGUUGCCUCGACGAUCUCAGGGCACAUCCUGCUGAAUGAUCAAUCCGCAGGGACUUUUGGACUGCUCUACCGGGACCCGGGAUUUGAAAAAUACUCUGUCGUAUAUCCUUCAAAGUGUGGAAAGAUUGUAGUUGCCGGAAAUAUCGUCGGCGAUCUGCUGAUCCUGAGCCUGGACAAUUCAUUUCAGCCCGUGAAAAUCAAAGUUCAUCAUGGGAAGAUCUCUGAUAUUUUCAUCGAAGCAUCGUCGAGCACCGACUUUCAUAUUUUCACCCCAUCCGAGUCCAAGUCUCAAGAAUACCAGUGGCUCUCGUUUUCGCUCCUCGCACCGACCGAGAUCGGCUUCCACGGAACCAUUCUCCUGCCGUCGCAUUUCAUCGUCACUGGGCUCGCAUACUCGUGGGUUCACCAAGUCGUAGUUGCGGGUUCGCGGAGCGGUGCCGUGGCGAUGUUUGACACGAGAGCCGUGGCCGCCCUUCAAAUCAUCUCGUGGGAUACUGGCUAUGCCGAGGUGGCCAAGUCAGACACAAAACGGCAUAUCCCGGCCUCGAUUGUCCUCCGUCGAGUGCACAAGCGAAUGACAAUCUCGGGAAUACACUUUGACGACCGAGAGCACGGAGGUGGCCUCCGCACCCGGAAGAGCGAGAUUCUUGUCUCGACCGCUGGCCGAGAUGGCAUGUAUUGUGUCUUUAGUCUGCGUCGACAGAGCACCGACAGCGACGACGACGUGAUGGAGGUCGAGGAGGACAACGAUGGCGCAAAUGAAGUCGCUUCAGACAUGGACUCGUCCGCCGAAGAAGCCGACGGUGUCGAGAACGAAGCGCCGGAUGGAGCCGCCAGUGGCUGGGUUAUGGAGCGCUUGAUACGACGCAAGAUCACCAAGGGCUGGGUUGAAAAGAUCUACUCCUACGACGGACAGAUUCUACUGGGUGGAUUUUUUGACGGACACUACUUUGUUUAUAACGAAACCAAGAAAUGCCAGCUUCUAGCAGUUGACUGUGGCGGCGGAAAUCGGCGAUGGGAUUUUGCUGCAGUCGAUGCCACCCUUGCGAGCAUGUCCUUCUCGUUCUACCGCAAGGACAGGGUUGUGUCGCUGAUCCGCAAGGACAAUCGCAUCCCAAGGUUUUCGCACCCAGAACUGCAAAAGAACUAUCACGGAAUGGAGUCUCGCGUGGUCAAGUUUAUCAGCUCGGACACGCAAGGGCGAAGCAUUGUCAUGACCUCUGGCGAAGAAGGCGAGCUCAGAUUCUACAAAUAUAAUCCCCUGGUUCAUUCGCAGGACCUGGAGCGGCUGCUGACGGUUCGCAAGCAUCUCUCUGUAGUUCGAGGAGCCGCGCUGUCAACUGGAACCAACGGCCAGCUUGUGCUGUUUACAGCCGGUGCGCGUGAGGAACUGAGAUGUUGGAAACUCUCGAUCGGACUGGAGCUGGAAAGCGUGAGCUGUGUUGAAUGGGCAUCCGCUCCGCGCACAAGUCACAUAUUCGAAACGCGCAUCAUGGAUGUCUCCGUCGUCCACAUCCCGCACACAAGCUUGCACCUGGUCGCCGGGGCAUACUCAGACGCCUACGUGCGGGUUUGGUGCUUUGAUGAACAAACAUCCGCAUUCUCUAUGGUCGCCGAGUCCAUGUUCCAUGGCCGUUGUGUUCUCAAAGUCAAUCUCCAGCUCGUUUGCAACUUGGGAAGAUUGGAUGCGUUCAUGUUCUCUGGAGGAACGGACGGCGUGCUGGCCUGCUGGCACCUCACGAACUUGGUCGAAGGGCUUCGGAACCCUGAUCGAGAUCCAGUCUCAAUCGAUCUCGGCCGGCCAUCCUUGUCAGUCAGCGUGCAGCAGUCUGGGAUCAACGCGAUGCACACCUUGAUCGCAGCAGAUUCCAUCUACGUUGCCACAGGCGGAGAGGACAACUCCCUCACGCUGUGCCACCUGUCACUUGUCCGAGAAGGCUUUGAUUUGGUCAGCCUCGGCUAUGCGAGUAGCGCGCAUGGCUCGCAAGUCACCGGUGUCCAUCUUCAGAGUCCGACGGUUCUGCUUUCCUGCUCGACCGACCAGCGACUCAACGUCUGGUCAGGGCACAAUGCGUCAGACGGGCUUGGCGAUCCAAUAACGCUUCCCGAGACAAACCGGCAGCUCUGGCAACCCACAAGAGCGGCAAAUGUGUUCACCCUCGACUUGGUCCAGUCGACUUAUCUUGAUAUCGCCGAUGUCACGGAUAUGGACGUGCUUACACGGGGCCCGGAUGAUGUGCAAGUGGCGGCCGUCGGGUUUGGACUGCAAUUCCUCGCCCUUCCCCAGUAGCCUGCUUGCUGCAUCGAAGCUAAUGAUCUGAUCUCAAGUUCGCAGCCUGCCGCAGCAACCGAGGCAGCAGACGUAUUUGGCUUGCGGUGAUAUUUGUACGACCAGUUCAGGGCGGCUCGUA